AUGGGCAGUCAGUCGAUUCUGCUCCGCUUGUUUCUUGUCUUUGCUCUCAUUCAGAACGCUCUCUCCGGACCGGCGCUCUAUUUCUUUUGUGUUGGAGGCUGCACGAGUGUGUGUAGUGGGGCGGUGAUCAUCGGCACCGGCGGCUGGGGUACUCCAGCGGUGGCCGCUUGUGUCAAGGGAUGCGUCGAUGUGUGUCUCAUUGCGGGAAUUGUGCCGACUCCU